AUGCGUCGUACAGCCACUCGAUACUAUGCACCUCAGCCUUGUGAUUUCUGGUUUUGGAACAGGAGCCUCACUCAGUUCCAACCCGUACAGCAUGCAUUCUACGUUUUGGAAAUACAUGCUUCUACCUCCGUACAUUUCGUGGAAAUAAGAUAUCAUUAUAUCUCUAAUGAGAAACGGAAGAAUGACAUUCAUCUGAAACCACACAUUUGUUUCAUCCGUGUCGAUUAUACGCGGAGUACUCUCGUUUUACACUCAACUGAGGCUGAGCGGAAUGGUCUGACAUUUGUUGAUGUCGCACUCGUGGAUAAACGCAUAAUUGGUGGUACGAACGUGGUUCAAGGCACCUACAAAUGGGCGGUGAAAUUUACUGUUUUGUGGAGUGACCAGAACUCAUCUACCUGUUCCGGUAAUAUUUUGUCAAAUAAAUGGAUACUAACCGCUGCUCACUGUUGUGUUGAUGCGCAACUUAAAAUUGUUCGUUCGGUCAUUGAAGCAGGGAACCCGAAUGUGGCGUUGGUUUGCGUUGUGGGGACAGGUCAGAGUAAUAUUGCACUCUCUUUGUUCAUUCUCCACAGUAAUGCAGUUCCACCGAACAUACAAGUGGCACAUUCGCCAACGUGUUAUCCGCACGAAAACUAUACUAAAAAUAAGGGUGAGUUUCGAAGUGAAGCGAAUUGGCCUCGUGAAACUUUUUGUAAUGACGCAUAUGAUAUCGCCCUUCUCAAAUUAUCCACACCAUUGGAUCUCACGCGACCAAACAUUAGCAUCGUAAAUCUCCCCACCACACAAAAUUCCACGCUGCCACAAGUGAAUGAUGCGGGUGUUAUUGUCGGCUUUGGAAUCUUCUUGCAUCCUGACAUUGACCCAACCACCGGUCAGUUAGCAACAUUUAAAGUUGUGACACAACAAAAAUGUUCGCAACUCCACGGGGCGUACAAUCCUACUUACAACUUUUGCAUCGACGACGAACUAACAAGACGUGCGAUGCCGGUUAGUCGAUUGUAA